CAGGCAAGCCAAAUCACCAAGAUCAUUGCAGCCUGGAACCUGGCUAAAGGAGAGAGGAAGACCCUGGACGCAAGCACUGUGGGUGCGCCCUGCCAAGGAGGGGGGAGGGCGGAGCACGAGAAGGAGGGAGAAGGGAGGGCGUGAGAGCGAGUGAGACACAAGAAAAGCUUGCGCGCCACCGCCCUCCUCGGGAGAGAGGCUGGAGUGAAGCUGAGCAGAGAACCGCAUUUCAAUGAGGACCAGCCCCGGCGCAUCCGUGCACUAGCGGCUGCAACCCAGACGCCCGUGCUCCGCAGCCCCAGCCGCGCCCAGCCCGGCGAGGACAGCUCCAGCAGCCGGCCACAGACAACCCAGCGGCCACCCGCGACCGGUUCCACACACAAAGCAGUCAUGUCGUUCGGCAGAGAUAUGGAGUUGGAGCAUUUUGAUGAACGGGACAAGGCGCAGAGGUACAGCAGGGGGUCCCGGGUGAACGGUCUGCCCAGUCCCACACACAGCGCCCACUGCAGCUUCUACCGCACGCGCACACUGCAGACGCUCAGCUCCGAGAAGAAAGCCAAGAAGGUUCGAUUCUACAGAAAUGGUGACCGCUACUUCAAAGGGAUUGUGUACGCCAUCUCCCCAGACCGCUUCCGAUCCUUCGAGGCCCUGCUGGCUGAUUUGACCCGAACUCUCUCGGAUAAUGUGAAUUUGCCCCAGGGAGUGAGAACCAUCUACACCAUCGAUGGAGUCAAGAAGGUCUCCAGCCUGGACCAGCUGGUGGAAGGUGAAAGCUAUGUCUGUGGCUCCAUUGAGCCCUUUAAGAAGUUGGAAUACACCAAGAAUGUGAACCCCAACUGGUCCGUGAACGUCAAGACCACCUCGGCUUCCCGGGCAGUGUCUUCGCUGGCCACUGCCAAGGGGGGACCCUCAGAGGUUCGGGAGAAUAAGGAUUUCAUUCGACCCAAGCUGGUCACCAUCAUCAGAAGCGGAGUGAAGCCACGGAAGGCUGUCAGGAUCCUGCUGAACAAGAAGACGGCACAUUCCUUCGAGCAGGUUCUCACUGACAUUACCGAUGCCAUCAAGCUGGACUCGGGCGUGGUGAAGCGCCUGUACACCCUGGAUGGGAAGCAGGUGAUGUGCCUUCAGGACUUUUUUGGUGACGAUGACAUUUUUAUUGCAUGUGGACCAGAGAAGUUCCGUUACCAGGAUGAUUUCUUGCUAGAUGAAAGUGAAUGUCGCGUGGUGAAAUCCACUUCAUACACCAAAAUAGCAUCGUCGUCCCGCAGAGGCACAACCAAGAGCCCAGGACCUUCCAGGCGAAGCAAGUCCCCGGCCUCCACCAGCUCAGUCAAUGGAACCCCUGGUAGUCAGCUCUCCACUCCACGCUCGGGCAAGUCACCAAGUCCAUCCCCCACCAGCCCAGGAAGCCUGCGAAAGCAGAGGAUCUCUCAGCAUGGCGGCUCCUCUACUUCGCUUUCAUCCACAAAAGUUUGCAGCUCGAUGGAUGAGAAUGACGGCCCUGGGGAAGGUGAUGCGCUCGAGAGAAAGCACAGCUUGCAGGGGGGAUGGAGGAAGGAAGAGUCGGAGGAAGGCUUCCAGAUUCCUGCCACAAUAACAGAGCGGUACAAAGUUGGGAGGACAAUAGGAGAUGGGAAUUUCGCUGUUGUCAAGGAAUGCGUAGAGAGGUCAACUGCUCGGGAGUAUGCCCUGAAAAUCAUCAAGAAAAGCAAAUGUCGAGGCAAAGAGCACAUGAUCCAGAACGAGGUGUCUAUCUUGAGGAGGGUGAAGCACCCCAACAUUGUCCUCUUGAUCGAAGAGAUGGAUGUGCCCACUGAGCUGUACCUUGUCAUGGAGUUAGUGAAGGGCGGAGACCUUUUCGAUGCCAUCACUUCCACUAGCAAAUACACAGAGCGAGAUGCCAGUGGGAUGCUGUACAACCUGGCCAGUGCCAUCAAAUACCUGCACAGCCUGAACAUCGUCCACCGUGACAUCAAGCCGGAGAACCUGCUGGUGUAUGAGCACCAGGAUGGCAGUAAGUCACUCAAGUUGGGUGACUUUGGUCUGGCCACCAUUGUUGAUGGCCCCUUGUACACAGUCUGUGGCACCCCAACAUAUGUGGCUCCUGAAAUCAUUGCAGAGACUGGAUAUGGCCUCAAGGUGGACAUCUGGGCAGCCGGUGUGAUCACUUACAUCCUGCUGUGCGGUUUCCCUCCGUUCCGUGGGAGUGGUGAUGACCAAGAGGUGCUUUUUGACCAGAUCUUGAUGGGCCAAGUGGACUUCCCACCUCCGUACUGGGACAACGUGUCAGAUUCUGCUAAGGAACUCAUCAACAUGAUGCUGUUGGUUAACGUGGACCAGAGAUUUUCAGCCUUGCAGGUCCUUGAGCAUCCCUGGGUUAACGAUGACGGUCUCCCAGAAAAUGAGCAUCAGCUGUCAGUAGCUGGCAAGAUCAAGAAGCAUUUCAACACGGGCCCCAAGCCGAACAGCACGGCAGCCGGAGUUUCUGUCGUAGCACUGGACCACGGGUUUACCAUCAAGAGAUCAGGGUCUUUGGACUACUACCAGCAACCAGGAAUGUAUUGGAUAAGACCACCGCUCUUGAUAAGGAGAGGCAGGUUUUCCGACGAAGACGCAACCAGGAUGUGAGGAGCAGAUACAAGGCACAGCCAGCUCCACCAGAACUCAACUCGGAAUCAGAAGACUACUCUCCCAGCUCCUCUGAGACUGUUCGCUCCCCUAAUUCACCCUUUUAAUAAGACCCUUUUACUCCAAGCCCUAGCUUAACCCUUUUAAGACUCUGAGAUUUCCCCCUCCCCCAAACUUCUGUAAAACAGGUUCAUCUGAUCUAUCUAGCACUCAAUGCGUGAACGGCGGAACAGGAAGUAUGUUUUGGGUACCUUUGUAGCAAGCUCCCUUUACUGAAUGAGAAGGCAUGUGGUGUUUGUGACGAUGGUAAUUUGCUGCUAAUAGGGGUCCUUCAAGGGUUAAGGCUAAUUUGAAAUUUUUUUUUUUAAAAUAUAGAAGCAAUGAAUGUUUUCAUCAGUCGAGCUAGGAUCUGCAAUAGGUAACAGCACCUGUCAGCCCUCUGAGUGCACAGAAUUUUCUUUAGAAUCCUUGCUGGGUAAUUUUCCAGAAUCUUGGGUAUAUUCACACACAUUUCUGGGUUUUGUUGCAGACCAAAGGGCCUCGUUAAGACCCUAAAAUAUCCACACACAAGAAGAGCAGGGAGGAUGAUCCAUCGUGGAUCCUUCUCUGUGGAUUUGGAGCAUGGCAGGUUUUAUAACAUCCGUAGAUGCACCCCUCAUUCCUUACCGUUUUACAAAGAAGGGACUCCCUUUCCUAAGUAGUAAGCUGGUUAGCUGCAGCGAGUUCUCUGCUUUGAUGGGAGGGAAUCAGGUUUGUGGCCGCCUCACCCAAGCGAUGGGCGGUGUCUCCCUGUCUCCAUACAAAGAUGUGCAGAUGACGCCCCUGACAUGCUGCUUCCCCAUUAGCUGCUGCUAGUGCCAGGCAGACCCUAGGGGAACCACCUAGCCUUGGCUUGUGCUCGGUGAGUUGGGGUCUGUCUGCUCAGAAUCAGGAAAGAUCUAGAACUACUGGUGAAAAGAGCAAUAAAUUACCAGGUGCUCUACAGGGCUGGCAUUCCAACCAGCGAGAGAACGCAAGGUCCCGUGUUUCCUUCUUCUCAGCUGCUUUUACACGGGACCGUAGCCACCAGUGUGAAACCAACACAGAACUCGAAAGAUCUGGGGCGCGAGGGAGCAAGAGGCAGUGCUUUGCAAAGUGGCAGAUGAGAAAGAAAGUACAGUGGGAACACAAUCCAAAAGGGUCUAAGGGGCCGGGCAGUGGUGGCGCAUGCCUUUAAUCCCAGCACUCGGGAGGCAGAGGCAGGCGGAUCUCUGUGAGUUCGAGACCAGCCUGGUCUACAAGAGCUAGUUCCAGGAUAGACUCCAAAAACACAGAGAAACCCUGUCUCGAAAAACCAAAAAAAAAACAAAAACAAAAACAAAACAAAACACAAAAGGGUCUAAGGAUGGGUUUCAGAGAAAUAAGCCGGUUCUAUGAGUAACUCUAGGCACCUGCAAGUCUCCCAGAAGACACCGGAGGCUGAAACUGCCACUCCCACUUAUGAUUUUCUUACUGUAGCUUGGUCUCCAGUCAUCCAGGAGAGAUGUGUUGCUUUCAUGGUUUCGGGCCAGGGCCUGAUUGGGAUUCGUUUUCCACCCCUGCUACCCAGUCUGUCUCCCUAGACCUGAGUUUCUUUGGGAGCUGAUUGCAUCUCAGAAUAUGGGCUUGUUGUUUCCUGGUUUUUGUGUCUUUGAUCCAAAAGGAUUCAGGGGUGCCUGGGAGGCCGGACCCAACGCAAAUGUUGCUCUAGUGUUUUCUUAGCUUUGACCCAGGAAAGCACAGUGAUAGACUUCAGAAUGGCUACAAGUGGUCUUUACUUUCUCAUUCUUAAUUUGAAUGUGUUUUAGUGUCUUGAAAGUUACGAACAACCUUUUCAUUGUCAGGUCUUUAUCUUCGAACUCCAUGCCAAUCUUCAACUACUGCAUUCAUCCACAGUCUUUAUGUUCUAUGCAUGUAUGGACUUUUACAUGACAGAAUGCCACAUUUGCUGGUCUUCCACAUUUAAAUCAACAUCUACUUAGGUUUUUUUUUUUUUUGAGAGCCAAGAAAUGAUAGCAUGAAAAGUACAAAAUCGUAUAAAUCAGCAUAUUAUUUAAAUUGCAUGUUGGGAGUAGACAGAACACAGACCACCAGGAAGGGUGCUAGUUUGUAGACAGUUCAUAUUGGUGAAGAGCAUAGAACUGAUCAGAAAUCACUACCUUCUCUGGAACAGAAAGGCAAAGCACUUUUAUUCUAAGAUUAGCAAGCAAUGGCAUAGCUGAGCCUCAACUCCAUGUAUGAGACUACAAAAUACCCUAUGGCCAAUAACAGACUGCCACCCUCUCUAAAUUCCUGCUUUCCCCCUGGUCAUUAACAUAGGGCCAUAGCAUCCAGUGCGACAGGUCCAUAGUGAGGGCUCUGGCUUUUGUCUAUCAUCAUUUCGGGGAACUCAAGGGGCUUCCUCAUAUGCUGCAGAAGGGCAGCUCAGAAGACUUCUGAGCCCAUUCGGAAGGAAGAUGGCAGCGCACCCCUCUAGAGUUUCAGUGAUCUAUGCUGAAUAAACAGUGGGAUCUGACCUGUCAGGUAGAAAGAUCAAGCAGGCGGAUGGACUGCAGUAAUUCAGUCACCUUUCUAGCAUUCAGCUACCAAGAUCUUAGACAUCAGAGGUGUAGCUCAGAGGGCGAACAGACAGACAUGCGUGAAUGACUCUGUGCGCCCAGACUGCUUUGGCUUUAGCCAACACUACAUCUCCCCCCUCAACAUUCUCGGAAUAGUUCCAGUUUGAAAUGAUUAAGUGGUGGUGUUCUUUGAAUUUCCAUAACCAAAUCGACUCUAUUUUUCAUUUUGUGUAUCAUAGAACAGCUAUGUGCCACGAUGGCUGUGUAUCUCUGUAAUUAUCCACUUAACCAUCACGAGUGUUUACAUAUUUUUGAGUAUUGAAUACGAUUCUUAUGGUGGUAGUCUGGUGAUGGGAAUUGCCCUUCCUUUACUAACUGGACCAGCCCUGUGGUAUUUAAAGGGAUCUUUCCAUUUGAGAACAGAGUAGUUGAACAACCCUUCUCUCCUUGCUUCCUGUAAGUCAAUUCUGUGGAUGAGACCCUCUCAUAUUAAUGAAUACAUUUACCCUCCGCAUUGUAGCAGAAGCCGCUUUCUUCAUCAUGAUCAAUAAACGUGUGAUUUGUUCUGAACCAUUAGAAGGAAAAGUUAAGACCCUCGGUCCCUGGAAAUGUUCCGGCCAUGCCCUCAUCUGAUGCACACGUGGUGUAUGCAUAUUAACAUGAGAGGAGGAGGGAGUGGGGAAUAACAGAAUACACUUCGUGUCUUGCGUUCACUGAGAUUUCCUACAACCUGCUUAGCUCUCUUAUGACUGACGGUUGACAGGUCUGUCAGAUACUGUUGAAAGAGCACAGUAGAUCGGUGAAUGAAGGGCUAAAAUUGCAAUCCUUUAUCCUUUGAGGCAUAUUUCAGUUGGAAAAAAAAACAAAGAAAGAAAGAAAGAAAGAAAGAAAGAAAGAAAGAAAGAAAGAAGGAAAGAAAGAAAGAGAAAGAUUGGCUCAGAGGGUCACAGGGCUCCCGAAUUACCAGGACGUGAGUGCGUUAAAUCACUGUUGUUUGCUGGCCAAAGGCAUCCGUUAGACAACUCUAUCCCCUGUGCCGAAGUGCAGUUGUGCUGAGGGAGAGCUUUCUUCACAUUAUUGUGUUGCCGCUGGCCCUUCUCUGGGUAAAGCCCUGUCAGCAUUUCCAAGAUAAACUCCUAUUCUGCAAGGUUUUUAAUUUGACCAUAAAAAUGUGCCUGAGGCUCAAGUCUGCUAUUCAGGGCCUGUCCUAAAGAGUGGGGGGCACAUCUCAGGCCUCUCAACUUCUUCCUGACUCUGGAGGAAAACUCAACAUCUGGUAUGUUGCCCUCAUUGUGAUUCCAGAGUUUCGGGGCGCCCCAAGACACAAGAUGGUAGUUGUAACAUAAUUACUUACUUGGACAUGCUUUUUAAAAAACUGAUCACUUAGUAUAUAUUAUAAGAUAUUUUCUAUUAUUUGUAAGUCUUUUAAAAUUACUGCUUGAUUUUUCUUUUUUUUUUUAAGUCUUUCCUUUCUUUUUUUCUUUCCUUUUAUUUGUCAAGAGAUUUUUUUUUUAAAGAACUUGAAGUUGAUCAGCUCGAAGGUCCACUUUUUUCAUGAGCUGCCUGCCACUUCCUUUGGUAAUUUGGAAAAACAAAAACAAAAAACAAAAUACCUCUCUGACCCAACAGAGCUUUGGUUUGAAUGCUGCGUGGAGGGUUAGCCACACGCUUCUUUGGAAAUCUGGAUUUCCGAAUUUAGUCAUCAGAUUUCACGAAGCCACCUUUGUCUGUGGGGAGAGUAGCAGCUAACAGUGAAAGUGCCCCCACAAUUAACACUUUUGUCAACUCACAUUCGAAGCCAGCAUAAAAUACCACUUCCUACUCUCGUGUUUAAGGGCAAAUAAAUCAGGGAAACUUGAGGACAUAUGAAACAUUUGGUGGCUGCAGAAGUACUUCCCAAUUGAGCUCUACGGUGCUUUUACACAUGGAACAGUUAAGAACUGGGACCCCAGGAUGUCAGAUGGAAGCUUUGGCUCGUAUGUAAUUACAUACAGACGGGGGAGGGGCUCUGGGCUCUCCUUUUUUAAUCAUCUCAAAUAUGCAGCCUGCCAGCCAGUAGCAUUAAGGGUCAUAAACCAGUGGGAAACAGGAAAUCUAAGGUAGAGGUUUAGCAUGCCUCUGCUGAGGCCUUUUGGUUUGUUUGCUAUUGUUGCUGGCCCUAACAGGAGGCCUCUGUGGUCAUUUUUCGGGAAAUGAGCAUCUAACUGGCAGGUGUUGUGGUCAUGCGGUUUGCCCAUGGAGACAAAUGAGGGAUCCGGAUUCCCUGAUUCCUGUCAAGAAAAGGCGUUCUCUCUCAACUGUACCUGCACAUUUCCUCAAUAUUUUUUUUUUUUUUUGGUCAAUUAAACUGAGACCCUUAAUGUUACUUCAAUGUAAAGUUGUAUAUUUUUAACUGUGACAUACUUUAUUAAUUUAAAGUAAUUAGUGCUUAAGCCUUCAGAACUGUUGGUAUUAAGAGUAGGAUUUUAAGUGGUGUUAAACAUCCUAACAAGUUUGUUUCAAGUCAAUCAGCUGUAGUCAGGAAGAGACCUUGACUGGUUUUGGGGGGCAACUUCUCACUUGCCCUGGACACUAAAUCCUUGGUGUGUUCGAUGAAUAAAUAAAAAGAGAUUGAAACUGGUCCAAGGUUAGAGUCACAUCCUUGACAACUUUAAAAAAAAAAGUAUUAGGAAAUUAAUAUUAGCCUUUUUCAUUCUGACUGAAAGAAAAUUCUUAAAGGAUUAGUUGUGCGUGAAAUUAAAUAGUAUUUUGCUUCUGCAUACUGAAGAAGUGGGCUGGGGACUUGGCACAUUUAACAAGUUCCUCGAAAGGUUUCAAUUUGGAGAAAAAAAGAAUUCAGCAUUUCCUUUGCGAUUCUGAUUUCGUCACUUGCUGCAUGGAUCCGAUGGCGUAGGUUAGUGUCUGGUUUGGGAAUCCCAAUGAAAUAACUUUCAAAUGAUUUGUACCCAUGGUUAAAGGUGGAAUGAGACCCAACUCCCCCCCAGUCCUUCAGUUUAAGCUCAUAAAUUGUAGGUGAAUGUGGAAUGAAAUCAUCUGUGAUAUAUUAUGUUCAUUUUCCAAAUGAGCUCUUUUGAUGUUGCCUGUUUUUAUGUAAAACACGUUCUUAAACUAAUAAAGUAAUAUCUCUUGGUGUACA